UGUCAUUGAAAGAGCCGACUUUGUUCCAACUUAUAAAUUUCUGGAUGAAUCUUUAGUUACCAAGAUUGAAAUGUUAUUCAGCGAUGAAAAAGAAAUACUCAUGAUUGGAGAAUCGCCAAUAGAUUGUCAAUGUGCGGAUCUUUGUCAAUUCAAAUUCUCUCAACCGUUUUUGAGCGAUGCAUAUACAGUUAAUGGGAAAGUCUACCGCAACGGGGAAAUAUGCGAUGUUGAUGCAGGCCAAAGUGAUUCUCGUGGCGACGAUCUACUCACAGAAGGCAAUCAAAUUGCACGAGGAACGAACAAACAAACGGAGCGAGCUGAACGGGGUGCGGAGAAGGCAGGCCAAAGAGAUUUUCGUGGCGAUGAUCUAGACACAGAAGGCAAUCAAAUUGCACGAGGAACGAACGAACAAGCGAAGCAAGUUGAAUGGGGAAUGAUAAAGGCAAGACAGAGAUUCUCAGAUAAUCGCGAACUUGUUCCCGUAGAAAACCAAUACGUCAUCUGCAAGUGGGAUUCAAAAUACACCAUUCCUGAACACGAUAUUUCUGAGUCGUUUUGCUUUCUUACGCAGAUAUUCGAAACGAUCACCAAAGCUAAUUUCAAUGCCAAGCUUAGGGAGGUGUUCAAUCAAUACGAAGAUCUCUGUAUGAAAACUGUGAACAUAGAAUUUAUUACCGACUGCGCUUACGAGGCUAAACGAGAUGCACAAUACGGUGAUGACACGCUUCUCAAAGACGUUAUAGAGUUGCUAUCCUACGCUGUUGGCGUGUUAGUCCAGCAUAAUUGGCACACAUCAAAUUCUUUCGAGUGGAUGGGAAUGUUCGGAGUAGCAGCGUUUAUCGAUCUAAAAUAUUCGUUUUUGGAGUCAGUUGGACAACGCGAACCAAACCUAGAUGAAUCGGAACGUUUCUGCGAAUGUCUUAUGAAGCAGAAACUUAAUAUUGAAACGGAGAAAGAUGACCAAUAUAUUCGAUUAUUUAGAUCUUUUAUUGAAACCGCCGCCAAUAUUCGAAUUCUAGUAUUUCUAUGGAAGGAAAUGAUUAGACCAGACAUGAAGGCUAACGCCUCAUUAAAACAGAAUUGGAUGACACACGGUCUAGAUAUUGACUUCCCGUCAUUGUUCAUUAAAAGGAUUAUAAAUUUACUCGAUGGACAAAGAUCAAAAUGGGAUAGAGACAAUGUUGAGGAAUUUGUUGCGUUGUUCGAAGACGAUAGGCUGUUGUGGACGUCAGAAGACAGAAUGAAAGUGUUGAAAUUGGUAUCUAUUUCACAGAACAUGGAAAUAUUGGAUGUGUUCGUGGACUUACUUCGAGUAGUUCUGGACAAAAGCUAUUUCAAUGCAAAACUUGAUGAAUGUUGCACACAAUGGUUCAAACGGGUAAUAAGUCAAAUAAAGGAAUCACGUAACUGCUCUCACGAUAAUGGGUAUAAUUAUGUAUAUACUGUAUAUAACCGACUUUCCACCAUUUAUCCAAUACUCGGACAUCGACAGACGAUUAAAAACGAACUAUUAAAUAUUGCUGACGACCGCAUCGCUCCAUUUGAAGAAGCUCAAAUUUAUGCUGCAGUUAAGGAUAUAGGAGACUUACAAGCGGAAGAGAUUUGGAAAUCGUUCUACGCAAUUCAAAUUCAAGUCCCUAAUGGUUUCUGUGAAGAUAUUUUGACCAAGUUGCAAGAAAGCGCUUCUUAUCAAGAAGCCGACGAAACUAGCGACAAAUUUCACCAGAGCUUGUUGGGUUCUUGGAAAUUUUGGAUGAGCGUGUUGACUGCCACGGGUUGUGUAAACCGUAUUAAACAACAUCUCGGAAGAGCUAUUGAAGACUUGGCGGAGAAGCUAGAAUGCCAACGCGUCACAGUUAGCAUGCUUCAACAACUUUUUCAGUAUUCGGACCAAGAUCUUUCGGAAUAUUUUGGUAUUCUGAACCGUUUCGAUGAUGGCGAACAGUCCUUUGCGGACUAUACAAGAAUAGUAACUAAUGCUGAAGAUUACCUCAAUGAUAUUGCUAAAAGAAGCAACUCGCUUGAUAAGAUUCGAUACAAAGAUAUUUUAUUAAAAGAGUAUUGGGAAAUUCAUCAAUCGAUAACUGACGUUGCAGAACGCAUAUAUCCGUUUCGUGAUUCGGGAACCUUUGCCAAUGUCUUUGAAGAAUGUUUGAAGGAAGAGGAAGAAUCGGGACCUUUGACAGUAGAAGUAGUCGCUCAGAAAGUUGCCGAGGCAGCAUUCAACAAGUAUAAUGAAAAAAGAACUGCUUAUAAAGAUUGGGGAAAGUUAACGUGCGCCCAAUCACGUCCAUUGUGGGCAAACGUGAAAAAUGUCGAACAGGAACUGAAAUCAAUGUCAGAGGGCAUGGAAUGGAAGAGUUCACAGGGUUUGAUGAAAUCGAUUAAAGUGCUGGCUGAAAUACCCGAAUGGAAAGAGCGAUUACGAUACCUGAUAGAUGUAUUGAAUAUUUUUGCAGUCAUUGAUGACGGAGAAGAAACAUUUUUGACGAUGCUUGCCGGCUUAGAAAAAGAAACAAUGCUGUUAAAAGAUUUAAAGGAACUGAUCUCAACAUUGGAAAAGUUCUUAAUGAUUAUUGCUGGAAAAUAA